UGCAAAUAAAAAUAAUUGACCUUUUACAAAUAAGGAGAUUAUUGGGUUUGACCGGAGCAAAUUUGAUAAAAGAGAUGCUAUUAUUUUAUUUUGCAAAAAAUACCAUCUAACUGAACUACCAGAAACUCAAAAUGAUGCGAAUAGUUGCAUUAAAUGAAGAAUGCAGUGAUGAACCGGAGGAUCAGAUUGUGGUUACCAGAGAGGCGCAGGAAGCGAUUGCGGAGGCUGAAUACAUUAAGGCAAUAAAUCUAAAAUUCAAAGGAGAUGUGAAAUCUGCACUUUCAUUGUUGAGCCAAUUGCUGGAAACUCAAGUUCUCAAUGAGCUUCUGGCAGAAGACACUAGCGGAAAAUUACGCACGAUUCGUUAUAAUUGCCAUAAAAAUAUAGCAUUUAUUCAUGAAGAAAGAAACGAGCAUGAAUUGGCAUUGGAAAACUACAUAAUGGCCACACAAUUAGACGAUACGGACGUAUAUACUUUGCACCGUUUUGGUCAAUUGGCUUUAAAACUCAACGCUAUAGAAUUGGCUGAGUAUGCCUUUGAAAGAUGCCUGCGUUGCAAUGCCUCACAUUGGAGUGCCGCUGAUGGUAUGCUACGCACACUUUGCGAGAAUCACAAUAUAAUCGGAGCAUAUGGCUAUGCAUUGAAACUAUACUCCAGAGAUCCUUCUUAUGAACGCGCAGCUAAAAUACUGUAUGAAAUCUCUGAAAUUUUUAAGUCAUCACUGCCACUUUGUGAAAAUAUGUACGGCCCGUUUCCCAAAAAUUUGAAACCACUUCCUUCGUGGACGAAGGAAAGUGCAUUUCCGCGAAAAUACCGAAAUGAAAAUAAGGAAGACGAUGCCGAAAAUAUGGCAUUACCGGCGGAAGUCGUACAAAAGAUAAGAGUUAAAGAGCUAAGCUGGGUUUCUGUGGGACAAUACAUUGUAUCACUCUACCGAUAUAUGCAAGAAAAUGGCAAGGCAUUUAUUGUGCUUUUAGAACUGAAGGAUAUAUUAGCUGAGAGCAAGGAUUGCAGCAACGAAGGAAAGGCAGGUCAGCAAGAAUGUAACGAACCAAAAGAAAUAAGUGUUAUACCCAAUAGCAAUUCAAGUGAUAACGUCGAUAUGAUACAAGAAGCCGACAUAAAUUGUAUUAACGCUGCGAAUCAAAAUGCGACUGAGUUGCAAGUCAUCACGCCACCAACAAGUGAUGUAGAGCAAACAAAAAAAAUUGCCGAAAAUUCGCCUGAUGAAGCAGAGGCAUAUGAGAAAACAACGACCAAUUCAGAAACAAACAAUAAACCUAAGCCACGUAGACGUUGCAGUGAUUUACAUUUUCUCGAACAAUGGGGCUGGCACAAAAACCGACGGUAUAGUUCAAGGAAAAAGGUUACCUCCGAACGAGUUGAAGUGGACACUUCAUUAAAAGGGGUAUUGAGGAAAAUUUUCGUCAAGUACGCAGAUGUUAACAUUGACGAGGAAUGGCCAUUCGGUACCCCAAAGCAGGAUAUCAAAAAUAGUGAUGAGAAAUGCGAAGCUUGCAGCGGCCUAAUGUCAAAUGCUGAAUUUCAAGAAAUGACAAGCGAUAUUUUUACGGAGUUUGUUGCUAAGAUUGAGGCCAAAACUUUUGACCCAUCCAUGUUGGUAUUUGAGUGGCUAAAGUGUAUAUCAUCUUAUUGGACAAAGGGUUUGCCUUUAGAUAUACGAGUUUUAUAUCUGGAAAUAUUUUGUGUUUACUUGGAUAACUUUGACUGCUCACCGUGGAAUCAACAAAGCGUUGACUCUAUUGACCAAUUUUAUAGAAUUUCUGUUUUGUUUUUGGAAUUAGACUACACUGUCAGGAACUCUGGGAAUAAUGAACUAUCGCCCAUAUGGAAGCAAGUUUUCGAUCAAUUGGCAUUCCGCUCAGGCACGGCUUAUGUUGCACUCGGUCAAGCAUUUAAUACGUAUAAGCUACGUCUUGUAAAUAUAGAGUUUUUAUGGUUCGAUAUGCGAAAUGAACUUGAAAAAUGCAUAGCAUGUUUAGAAAACAUGGCGAAUAUGAUAUCAGUUAUCGAGGGAAACGAGUUCAUUUUGCAUUUACCAAAUUUACGUACAAAGUGCAUAACGAAAAACGUGGUGCAGGAUGCGCAGGUCGAUUUUAAGAGGCGUAUUGCAUUGGGCAAGGUACCCAAACUUUUCGAACAAGAAAAGUGGCAAGAAGUUGUAAAUAUAAUUACAGACAAUUUAUCUAAUGACGUGGAAGUAGAAGACUGCGACAACUGGGUUAAGAAUUUCAAAACUCAGGUAGAAAUUCUGUUGCAAUCACUAUGGAAUAUGUCAUCAUAUGAGGAGUGCUUGAAAUGGGCCGAAAAAUGCUUACACUUUUGCAUUGUACGUUAUGUAAAAGAAACAGAUAAGACACGUCAACAGGAAUUGUGGUCCGUUGCAUUAAAUUAUAUUUAUUCUUAUAUAGAAGUGAUAAUAUUGAACGAAGGCAACGAUAUUGUUUCUUGCUUAGAUGAGACGCUGGCACGUCUUGUGCAAAAUACAAUUUGUGUAUUAUCAUUUCAUUUGGAUUCGACUCAGCCUAUCGAUAAGAGUAUUAAUCCAGAGCACGAAUUUAAUAUGAAUCGAGCCUUUGUUGUAUUACAUCAAAUAAUGUUAAGGGAUGAGAAUAACACAUUAACGGUUACUAAACCCAAGUCUAAUAAUGAUGCUGAAGAGGAAGAGGAACCUUUACCCUGCUCAUUCUCGAUUUUAUUUACAGCACACGACUUUUUAGGCAAAUUUCAGUGCUGUACACGUAAUGAUGGCGCAUUUUUACAUUACAUUUUAGAUAUUAUCGUACCCAUUAUUAGAGCACCACUUUAUGACUCAUGUCGUGAUACACUCUAUGAAUACUUGGAGCAAGUUACUUUUUGUUUGUACGGUUAUCCGCAAAAGAAAGCGCGUUCUCGACAUUUAGAGGACCACGAGGCCACCAAUGUUGAAUUGACAUGGGCGAAGGCGGUGCAAGCUUUUGAUUUGUAUAGGCCAGAGUGCUUACCUGAAAUAAAUUCUUAUAAAUUGGAGUCGAUUACAGCGGAUUUGGAACAGUUCUUCCUAAAAAUUGUCGCACUAAUGCCAUCCGAUGUGGAUCCGUCGCCGGCAACUACAAAAAUAUUAGAGUUUAUUAAAGGCAAUGAUUUUGGUUCACUAGAACCUGCACAUACCUCUUUGCCCUAUAAGAUACGUUGUAUAUUCUAUUUGUUGGCUGAUUAUUACUUCAAAAAUCGUGACUUUUCCAAAGCAAUCAAGUAUUAUACCUUGGAUUUAACAAUAAGCCCCACACGCUUCGAUUCGUGGGCGGGUAUUGCAUUAUCCAAAGCAAGCAAAAUUGAAACGAGACUAAAUGGAUUGACGCCCAUGAAUCCUAGUAAUAUUUUAGCCGAAUCAGAAGAUACCAUAAGAUGUUUUGAAAUGUGCAUAUGUUUAAAUCGCCAGCAAACCUUGCUAUGGAUAGAAUAUGGCUCUUUUACGUACACACUUCAUUCCUAUUGUUCACGCCAACUAAAGCGCUCAGCAGAAAAUUUAACAGCCGAACAAACAUCACUACUGCAAGCGCGCAAAGGACGUGUUUUGAAUAUUACUCAUAAUUGCUUUUCCUUGGCUGCUGCUUUACAAAAUGCUGAACAAAACAGUAGCGAAGAGAACGAAGACUCUCAUGAAGAGAAAUGGUUGUGCCAGUAUAUGCUAGGGAAAAUUGCCGAAAAGCAAAAAGAUCAUCCCAAAACUUAUUUGAAUUUUUAUUUGAAGGCCGCCAAUAAUCUGUACGAAAGCAAUGCCACCUAUCCAAUUAAAAUUAAUCACAGUAACCCUACAACAUUGUCGGUUGAGGCAUUGGAAAUUUUUUAUCGCACGAAUGCUUCCAUCAUAAAGUACCUGGAACAUCAAAAAGAAAUCUCACGCGAUAUUGGCAACCAUUUCAGCAACGUUUUAAAAAGCUUGGCAAGCAGCCCAUUCGCAUUUAAUAAGGCAAAAAUUGACGGUAAUAGUUUAAAUGCAUUGAAGCGCAAAGUAGUAGUGGAUAAAAACGAGCAGUCCAAAAUGCAAAAGACUUCUAAGAAGUCCAAUUAUGGGCCCAAUUGUAGUGCCGCUGCACAAACAGAAGUGGUAAAAGAAGAGGAAAAGGACGAACAAAAACCCAAAGAAGCAACUGAAAUAAAUAAAGUUCCUGCACAAGCACAAGAAUUGAGUGUUGACAAGGCAAAUAGUAGUAAGAGCAACCCCUCUCGUCGUGAAUCUGAGGAAAGCGGCGUCACUGUUACAACAACUACUAUAACAAGCAGUACAACCUCAAUUACUAGCGGCACGGAUUCAUCAUCAUCUGACAGCGACUCAGAUUCCGAUGGCUCUUCGAAUGACUCGAAAAAACUCAAUACACCCUAUCCGACAUACAAAGUUGAGAAUAUCUAUAAGAUUGUUGUGCAAAAUUUAGAAGAGUGUGUCACACGAUUUCCGGAACACUAUAAAUCAAUUUAUCGUCUAGCAUAUCAUUACAAAAACACGUCCUUACCAAAUCUUAAAAAUCUACAGCGUUGCGAGGAGCUAAUGAUGGGCCAAUAUAAAACUAGUUUAGAAAAUCAAAUAAAUGGUGUAUUUUACGACAGAAAAUGGAAUAAUAUAUUCAAUGGCAUUUGGCGUAUACCAUCAUCAGAAAUUGAUCGUCCUGGAAAUUUCGCAUCACAUUUAAUCAAAUGUACGACUAUUGUCAUCGAUUUGUUAUAUGAAAAUAAAAACCACAAAUUGCUAGUCGACAUCGGUUUACAACUUUACAAAACGCCAGAACAAGAUAAACGCUAUAUUAAAGAUUGUGAAAGAGUUAAGCUCUCCCAGCAAAACUUAAAUUACUGCGCUCAGAUAAUGCGAGAUAUAUUGAAACAAAAUAUGGAAAAUCGGAAUGAUGUUGAAACGUUAAAUCUUUUAAUCGAUAUUUAUAAAGUCCACAAAAAAUGCUUAAAGUAUAUGAAUCAAAAGGAAUCGCUCUUCACAGAUCUCAUGGUGGAUGUAUAUAAAUUUUACAUACAAAAUAAAGUUGACAAUGUGCCUGAAAAUUUGAAUUUCCUGGAUUUAGCUAUAAAACUUUGUCUACAUGAAAUCGCAUUUCGCCGCAAUCAAGAGAAAGUUAAUUCCAGUGAAGGUGAUACAACACAAGGCGUGUGUCAAUCACAGUCACAGCCGUUAAGCACAAAGGUAAAUAGACAAAUUCAUAUACCAGGCUUGACAAUGCGUCAACGUGGACGAUCAAGUCUGAACAAAAGUGCAGAUAGUGGAUUUGGCACCGAAAGUAUGCCUAGCAUGAGCGGCAUGCCGGUUCCGACGUCGACCAGUGACACCAUAUGGCACCACUUACUCAGGGGACAACUUCCCUCAUUGGACAUGCAGCAAAUUUUGGAUUCAACUAAACCUUUCGUAGAAAGUAAGCAACAUGAUCAAUUCUUCAUGAAAGAGAUGUUAGAUCAAUAUAAAGCCAUAUUUCAAUCUAUGCAAAAUGAUCAAAUUGCGGCCAGUACAUCGCUUGCAUCUGCUUUUCAGCCAAUACCCACAUCUACCAUUCCGUUGCUCUCAACAAUGAGCAAUUUAACCACCAUCGCACCGAACCCAGUCUUCCUUUCAGCCUCAUUACCGAUAGAAACUACGAUAACGCCCGCAAUAUCGAAACAUACUCAAGAAACUACAAGCGGCACUUUUACGCCGAUGAGCGCUGCGCAGGCAAUAGCUAAUUACGACAUAACAAUUACACCUUUUUGCAACAUCAACACAUCGAUGCCCCGAAAUUUACCCAUCGUUUCCACCGUCGCCACGAAUAGCAAACCAAUCGCCAGCGUUAAUCCAACAGAUUCAAGUGUUUCACAAUUUGUUUAUAAUGCAAGUUCAGCAACAUCGAUGUCGCAUAUGCAACAAACAAAUUUUGCCAUGGCCAUGAGUGGUCAACCGCAAGCACAAAAUAAACCGAAAGGAUCAGCAGGCGUCAAAGUGGGUAAACAACUAAGUGUCGCGAAUGCUCCAAUUGUAAAUCCGUUAGCUACAUUUGGUUGCAGCGACUUGUAUAAUCAUCAAAUGCAAAUAUUAAUGAAUCUAAUGCAAGAUGCUAAUAAUACCUUCCAGCAACAACAGCUACCGCAGCAGCAACAGCCACCCCCACAGCAGCAACAACAACCACCGCAGCAGCAACAGCCUUCACCACAGCAGCAGCAGCCACAACAGCAGCAAAAUUUUUCAAUGCCAACGCAACAGAAGCCGCGCGCUGCCACAAAACGAAAAGCUAAACAACAAAAUGCUCCAAUCUCCGCAAUAAAUUCACAUAUUCUGCCAAACGCUGCCACCACCACCACCCCAAUUGCCAGUCAAAUGAUCAAGCAGGAGUCAUUAAGUACACCAACUGCAAUGCUUUCUGAGAAUCAUCCACUUUUUUGUCCCUCAAUGGAUGCGAAUGGUAUGGCAAUUAAUCAAUUUACUUCCAUAUCGCUGGGAAACACGGUAAGUUCGACUACUUUAACUAACGCAUUACCGCCGGUCGUGUCGGCAAUGCAACAGACAACAUUUACACAACCGCAAACUUCGCCGCAACCUAGGAGCGGUAGUCAGCCUACGACUCCAACAAAAACCUUACAGCAAAAAUUAGCCGAGCGUAAAAAGGCCAAUCAACAAAAUGAAUCAAUGAACUUAACAAAUCCCAAUUCAAACACAAAUACAGAAAUUAUAAUAUUAGACUGAUAGUAGUAUAUUUGUUUAAUACAAUAUAUUAAUUUAUACAGGUUGGAAUAAGGGCUAAAGUCCUCAUACCUUAUUAAUAAUUAAAAAAAUACUAAAUACAAGUAUAUGUAAUUAGAAAAUCUAGACUUGUUUAAUAUAUAAAGCUGGGUUUAUGAAUGUAGGGUAAUUAACUGUAUGUUUUUAUACUUGUUUAAAUUCUUGAUUUUCAGGUUAUGGUUCUAUGAAUUUGUUUGUU